AUGGACGCUUUGCAAAAAAAGUCAAUCAUUACUGCCCGUGGGUUCACGUAUACUUACUAUGUAUCCGACCCCGCCCAAGCUUCAAAGGACGCCCCUACUUUGUUCCUGAUUCACGGCUUCCCGGAUGAUGCCCAACUCUGGGAUGGAAUCGUUUCGAGGCUGCCCCAAUACCGCGUCAUCGCGCCCGAUACGCUCGGGUACGCUGGCACCUCGAAGCCCACGGACCCUGCCGCGUACGAGUUCGGCGCCAUGGCCAAGGACCUGGCCGAGAUCCUGGACGCUGAGGGCGUCGACAAGGCCGUCACCGCCGGUCACGACUGGGGUUCCGCCGUCGCGCAGCGCUUCUACGUUCACCAGCCCGAGCGGGUGUCGGCCCUGGUGCUGUUGAACGUGGCCUACUCAGGACCGGCUACUGAGCCCUUCGACCUCGAAGCUACCAAUGCCUUUUUGGAAAAGACGUUUGGUCGCCCCCUCCUGGCGUACCAGGAGCUGUUGUUAAGCAAGGAGGGGCCAGAGAUUAUGAGAAAGCACGUCGGCCGCCUGUACGACGGCAUGCACGGCGCGCCCCGCGACUUUUUCGGCGAGCUCCUAGGCGUCCGGGGCAACUUUAAGAAAUGGCUGCUCAACGAGAACAAUGACUGGGACGUCGAGGUUCGCGACUACGCCAAGGACCCCGAGCUCAAGCGCCUCUACGUCGAGAGGCUGCAGCGCGACGGUUUUGAGGCGCCCAUUUGUUAUUACCGCGGCAACAAGGAGCACAUCCAGCAUGCCGUGGAAAAGGAUAUGCCGCGCGAGAGAUUCGUGGUCAAGGUGCCGAUGCUCUACUUUAUCUGCUCCCAGGAUGCAGUGUGUCGGCCAGAGGCCAUGAUCCCCGCCAAGCUUGGCGGGCUCGUGCCGGAUCUCGAAGAGGUCACCAUUGAUUGUUCGCACUGGAGUCCGCUGGAAGCGCCGGGGCCAAUUUCUAGUGCUCUUGAUGAUUUCGUCAAGAGAAAGGUGAUUUCCUAA